GUUGGAGUAGUGAGUGUUUUGUAUAGCAGAAAGGUUCAAUUUUAUUGUUUACGGUUUCUUGACGUUGUGUCACCUAGUAUGGCUCACAAAGCUGUGGAAAUGUUUGUAAAUAUUACCAAUUAGAAACAGUUUUUCUGUGUUUCAUAUUCAUUGUGCAUCGGAUACUACCACGUCGUUGACCUAGCCUAACUGAUUGAUCGAUCCCAUAUGACAACAUGACCAAAGAAGUGAAUAAUCAAGCGAAAAGCUAAAUACAAUAUGAGUUAUUUAAUAGCUUGUUAAAUUAUGGAAUCGGACACGGAAAGUUUUGAUACUGCCCAGCUCGCUGAAGAGGUGGCCAACUUGCCCCAAGCCUACGCUUUCACUGUUCACUUUGACAAUGGCAAACAGAACAGUGGAGAGAUGGCAAACAAAUUUUCUAGAAGACACGUCAGAAAUUUGUCAUUACCUAUUUCGAAAGUGUAUGAGAACAAGGUCAAUGUCGAGGGAAGUGUCAACGGAAGGGUAACUAAGAGGGCAGGAAACCAUUCAGAAGGAUAUUUCUCCAGUGACCCUGAUGAUGAUUCCAAGCCAAAACUGUUUGAGGCUAAACAAAAAAACUUUGAUAGCAAAGGUUUGAAAACAACAAAUGCAGUGCAGGAGAAACACUCACACUCUGUGACUGCGGCGACAGCGACGUCUGUGCGGGAGGUGGAGGGUGGGGAGGAUGACACUAGUUCGGACGUGGCCAGUGAGGCAGGCACGUAUACCAUCGACAAGGACAGCCCAGAGGUGACCAGUGCAAGACAGAGCAUUGACACUGUGUUCGGGGUGCAAGCAAAGACCGGGGAUACAAAAAAAAACACAGCAGCAUUGGAAUUUCCGACCAUAAGUAAAACAACAUUGGGGACUACUGUCAGAAACAUUGGCACUGUCAGCUUGGCAACCACCAAGAUACCUUCACCAGUCAACACCAGGUCCAGGCUGCCUCCCAUGACCCAGCCUCUAAGAGCUGACUACCCAGAGCCUCGAAGGCCUUCUCUGAGCCGCAAGUCCUAUCCUGUCUCGGCUCAGGAGGUGUCCAAGAUAGAGACAGAGAGUUAUCUACGGGCUACAGAGCGAGUGGUGUCAGCCUUGGCCGCGCGGGUAUCUCUGUCGCUAGACUCGGGUGGAGAGUCUGACGCAGAGAACAGUCUGGGGCACGUGGUGGAGCCGGCCGCAAGUGGAGACAGAGACAGUAGUGCCAGUGACUCCAGCAACACCCGGUACAACAAGGCGUUCAGUUUAAGAAGAGGGAGGUUAGAAGAUUCUAAGAAGAAAAGUACUUCCUCCAUAGUCCCAAGCAAGCUGAAAAGCGAGCCUAUAAAAGCUAUACCUCCUAGAGUUACCAAACGAGAGUCUCUGCCUACAUCCUCACCAUCAUUCUCCCGAACAGACUGCGGCAGGUUUAGUAUGAGGACACCACGGCCUCUUCCGCAGUCCCCUUUGCUGUCCAAUGCAAAAAAGGAAGUGGGCGUCAUCAAGAAAAAGACUGGAAGUGGUGGCAGUGCAAGGAGUAACUCGACAUUAUCUUCUAAAGAGGUUGAGUUCCAGAACUGGAAGAGGCGAAAGAGCUAUGACCCUAUGAAAGCUGCUGCGGAAGGAAAAAAGAAGGAAGCUGCUAAAAAGCAGCCACCAUUAGCCAUGACCCAGUCCACCAAUUCAACCAUAACCACUCCUAAAAGCCCUGUGAACCCUGUGUUGAGAUCAGCAUCAUUCCAUGGUACCAGACAACUGACAGCGUCAUCGUCUGAUGAAGAGGAGGAAGAAGAAAUCACCCUAUCGGCAGAAGAUGAAGACUGGCCUGUGUUACAAGCUCCUAGGACCUCGCUAGAAAAUACCCCACAAGGCAGCAGAGUUUCCUUGUACAGUAAUACCUCCAACUCACCAACCCCUCCUCUACGAAACAGGCCUAAGCUUGAAGGCGUAGACUCACUAGUCAUAAGCGCUCUUGCGGGUCUCUCAAGCAAACUGAAGGGAAGUUCCUGCAACUUGCUCAACAAGCUAAGGUGCUUGUAUGACGAAGACAGCCCCAAGAAUCACCAACUGGCCUCUAUGGUUGAUCAGCUAGAGGCCAGUGAGCCUGGUUCCCCCCAGGUCAAGAGCCCCUCCCGAGAACUGGCCACCACCCUUCGCAACCUCAAGAGACUGGAAUCCAUGCUCAAAGUGUUGGACGACGUACUCUUUGAUGAGGAAGAGUUCCAAUAACGGACAGUUGUUUGACAACAAAGCCUUUUAUGCUACUGACACAAGUUGCUGUUUUAAGCAGGUUACACUUAUUUUACAAGUUUAGCUAAGUAAAUAUAUACAAUCAGAAAUAUCACAGAUUUUUUAAAAUUUGUAUUUUAUUUAGGUUUAAGUUACCUUAAUGUUGAGAGUUGUAAUUUUGUUAAAUUGAAGACGUUAUCGUGUAAAUACUCAGAAGAAAAUUUAUGUAACAACAGUUUUUAUCUGUGAAUAUAAGAGUUGCUGUGUAUGUAGUUUUUGUACAAUUCAAAUAUUUUUUGAGUUGACAAUUAAAUAUUUUAUGUACUUUUUAAUAGAUUAUUAAUACCUAUAUGACUUUUAGUAUUCUAGAAUUACCAAUAUGAUGCACCAUAAAAAUAAGCCAUAUUAUCAAAAUGUGUAUACAGUAUUUUCAAUGUUUCUUAAUAAUACAGAUACUCAACUUUUGAUACCAAUGUUAACAGCAUUAACCCUACACCUGCUUUGAACUGGAUUCUGGUCUCUUUUUACUCUUUCCGAACUGCUUAACAGUAACGUAAUUUUGCUUCUAAAAAAAUUAUCUAUCACAGUAAAGAGGAGAUCGUGAGCUAAUUCUUUCAAGUGUUACAUAUGCAUCAAUUAUUGUGACUGCAUCAGCAGCUGUAUGCUACAGCGUAUUUAUUGAGCCUUACUUGUUUCGUGUUUUGAUUUCAUUGAUAUUUUGUGAUUGAAAUUGGAUUGUAGACAUGUAUAUAUUGCACUGAAGAACAUUUUUGUGACUCUGAUGAUGAUGGAGAAAUUAAAACAAUUGAUAAAUGGUAAGCUAGAAGAGCAGUUUUCACUUUUUCUGCACUAUAUCUGAAAGCUUUUAUGUGCCAUCCGUAUAAUAAACCUCAUGUAAGUCAAAUUUUAUUUUUUUUGCAGCUAACAUUUUACUGAAUAAAAAAAUAUGUCAUAAUUUACAUAAUUGUUAUUGAGUUAAUAAAUGUGUAACUUAGUUACCUCCACUUUCUCAGGAAUUGUAGGAGUAAAUUUUUGUUAGCUAUUUCGGAUGAUGUAUAAAACAUUUGUUAGACUUUUUCUCUUGUAGCUUUAAAAAAUGUAAAAAAGAUUGGCAUUCCAGAGUGAAAUGGUGGUUAGUUGGAGGGUUAAUGUAUUUAAUGCUGCUUGCAUUGAUAGGUCUUCAGUUACCUGACCAAUCUGCACAAGUUUUGUGUUCAGACUAGUCACUUUUUUCUAUUUUAUAAACGUUUUCUGUUUAUAUUGUAACUAAUGAUGCCCUGAUCAGUGAAAGAGCUUUUAAAUAAAAUUUUAUGGAACUAUUAAAACACAAUACAAAGAAAAAGCAAUACAACAUAAAAAAUCAUUACUUCCAGUUUGGUCUUGUCACUAGAUGUUUUGCGAAAAGGAAUCAUAAAACGAGCCUACUCAAAAGGCUAAGGUCCAACUAAGCAGAGGUACCUGAUUAGUAACUGUACCUACCGAUCAAGUUAUCCCUUUGCCCCAACAUCUUGACAUUUACAGUUGAUUUUGUGCCAGAAACAAUCUUCUGUGGUGUUUUAAAAAAAUAUUACACUUUAUAAUUUUUAUUCAUCUCAUGUUUACUGUAACUUAAUAACAUUCAAAUGAACUAAAAACUUAAUUAAUUGCUAUUUUAUAACCUACAUAUAUAAGCAUUUAAUUCUUUUAAUUUGUCAUCAACUAAUUUCACUCAAUGAAAUAGAAAAAAGAUGCGUUUUAUGCAAUGAUAAAUAACAAAUCCUGUAAAGUGGCAUAUUAGGAAUGAUUUUAAUUUCCUCCCAUUUAGGAGAUUGGGAUGUUUUAACUAUAUUAAAUAGAAAGCAAAAUUGAUGUUUCAAAUUAGCAAUGUAUGUAUAUCUGUAUAGUAAUAUUAUGGUGCAUCGUAGUUGUAUUCAGUAGUUUAUAAGUGCAGAAAUUAUCAAUCUCUUCCAACAGAUUUGUUAUAGUUUAGUUUCACUCUUUGUUGUAAAUAUUUGUGUUGUUAUGUUUAAUGUUUUGUUAAAUCACAGGACCAUUAAAAUUUCGCUUUUGUAAAAACGAAGGUUCUGAAUUAUUAGUUGUUUCUGAAAAUCUUUUACACUUCUUCAGGCAAGAGUUAAUUGUUUGUAUUUUUUUUAUCUGAGCAGUGAAAUAAAAUGUGGCAACUUGACUUAUUAUAAUUUAAGUUUUUUUUAUUUUUCUAUACAAAUAGUACCUAAAACGAUUUUUCAAUUUAACUUACUCAGGAUCAAAUUAAGGACGGUAAGAAAGAUUACCAACCCUAAUUUAUAGUUUUAAAACUUGUUUGUGAGUACAUGAAAUUUCAUUGAAGUACAUCUAGUGAAGAUUUUAUUUUUAUAUAACUUGUAGACAUGAGUACAUUAAAUUGAUUUACUAUACCUCAAAAUUUUAUAACUGAGAAUUUAUAAAGUGUGGAAUCGUAGCUCAGGUAAAUUUCAUAUUAUUAUGAUAAAUUUUACUGACAUCUACACCGUUCAAUUUAUGAGCAAAUUACUCCUUGACAGUAUUCAUUUUAAUAUAGCUUUUUAUAAAGUCUGUGAUUGGCUUGGAAGAACAAACAUGUAAUUUUAUAGUUUAAAUUUUAUUUAUUAUAUUUUAAUUCAUUAUUUGCAUGGCGUAGAAUUUUCCCUGUAAUUAGAUAACUGGAAUGUUUUAAGUCUUUAUAAAAUGCAAGUUUUAGUUUAAAUUGUAUAAACUUUCAACAAAAAUGUUGAGUAUUUUAAAGGCUUUUUUACUUUAAAAUGAAUAAAUGUUUUGAUUUUUAUGUAUUAGUCAGUGAUAAGAAUAUCCUAGAGAACAAUGGAAAACUUUGUUUAAAUAAAAAAUAUACUGUAAAACUGUUAAAUGUUUGAAUAUGUAACAUUUAUAUUUUAUAAGAUGUGACUUUAAUGAAAUUCUUAUUUAUGACUUUUUCCUUCAUGCCGUCUGUAAAGAAAUUCCAACUUUUUAUUAAAUUUAUUUCAUAAUUAAUGUUAUAAAAUCUUUGCCUUAAUGUUAUUCUUUUUACUUGAGAAACAUUUAUAGUUUUGAUUGUAACCGUGUUAAAUAAUUGGUUAAAAAGCAAAUUAAAAUUAACUUUUUGUAAAUACUUAAAGAUACCUAGUUAUAUAGAAACAAGUAAAAAAGUUCCAGUGUAUUUGAUCUUUAUACUGAAUUUAUAUUUAUUUAAAAAUACUGUAUCAAUCAGAAUAGUAUUGGUACUAUUUAUUCAGUAUCAGUUUAAGUAGUUUAAACUUUUUACUGGCUUGUUUUUAUGUACGUUUUAUGAUUUUACUAAAUCUUAGGAGAAAAUUUUAAUAUACUUUAAAGCGAAUUAGUUUGUGAUAUAUAGUUUUAACAAAAACUACUUCUCGCAAAUUUUACUGUAGUUUUAAAAACUAUACAUAACUUUAUAAAAUAUUCAUGUCUAUCAUAAAAUUCUCACAGAAGUUUAUAAUAAUUUAUUUGGCAGCUUGUCUAUGAGAUGUUUCGGUUGAAAAUUCAAUAAUUCUUUUUAAAUUAUGUGUUCUAGACAAACCAACUAGUUUAUGUGUUACUAUGGUAAAAUUUAAAGUUAGUUCAUUAGCAAAACUCAAUGGGUUUAUAUUUAUUUUAAUUUUCUCAUCUUGAUGUUGUUAAUUGAUUUAAUAUCAUCAACUUAUACAAAUGACAUGUAUAUAGAGCAGCUAAUAUUUAUUAAGUCACUCCACAAACACUAUCACAUUCUCGAUACCUGAACCUGGAGUAGCUAGAAUAAGUUUUACUGUUUCAGCACAGUUACCAUUUAUUUUAAUUUGGUUUAUUUCUGAAACAUCUUACCCGGUUUGACUGUUCAACCUGUAGUUAAAAAGAGAAAUUGUAAAAUAUGUUACUGCAAAGGAUUUACAAAAACCUUUGUUUGAUUUUGCAUGUGUCAAAUUCCUACUCAUUAAUUGAGAAUUGAAGACCGAAAGUCUUUUCAAUAUCCUACGCUAUAUUGUAAUCAUCUUUUGUAACAAUGUACAUUUUUAAAUAAGCUUUUUCUAUGUACGUGGAUAUUUACUUUGUAAGUGGACUUAAUUUUGAAACGGUACUACUAUUUACUCCAGCCUGGUGUCUAUAAAAAUGCCAAUAUUUGUACAUUGCUUGUCUUCAUUUUAGCAGUUUAAGGGUAGUAUUUUAUGGGUAUUUUUGUAUAAAUAAAAUAGGGUCCAUAAUAAGGUAUUUCCUGGAGCAGCAGUUUCUGCCGAGUGCUGGUCCACAGGUGUUGUACGUGGUACGUGAGGUGAGGUAAAGUGUGUGUUCCACUAAACUGCCACUCAAAUAUGCUUCUUUUGAGACAUGGAAAUUGUAAUAAAUGAACUCUUUUUUUCUUUGAAGGUUUGUGAAUAAUAGCGAAAAACUGUUAUAGUCCGAAAUCUUUGCUAAAAUAUCUUUGAUGUCCGUUUUUGCUGUAACAUAACAUUGUGUUUUAGUGAUAUCCAGUAAUUUAUCUGAAACCUGUAACACUGUCGCUAACAAAAAUUUGAACUUGUUGGGAGAACUUCGGGAAAUGCUGGUCAGAAUUUGCAAAUGAAGUUACUAAAACGCUCCCUUUCAAAUGUGCUGUAAUCUAACUGAUUUUCUGUUUCAUAUUUGUUCACAUUUUUCAUGUCUUAAAAGUCAGUCCAUCGAUGUCUAUAAAUGUUAGGAUAAGAAAAUUGUGAUAAUCACAGCUUAGUCGCUAGAUUGUUAUCCGUUAAUGGUCGUUGUGUAAAGUGAACCUCCCACUCCUGUACAUAUGUAAGGUCUAGAGUUGACUGUUGUUUUGGUGCAAUAUCUACCACAAGUUUGUGUUGUUCCGUUUGUUAGCUAUUGAACUGUUUAACACAAUAGUAGUCCAGUUGCAUCCAAUUCUUUUCUUAGAACUGAGCAGAUCAAGCGGAAAUAGUGAAUCUAAAUUUCUUUAGUCAUUACCACUAGUUGCUUUAUUUAUUGUGUAACUUAUUAGUUUUUUUAUACAAGUAUUUACAAGACUUUCAUUCUGUGUAAGCUUCUCUAAAUAUUGUAGUCGAUAUUUUCAUAAAAGCAGCAUUAUCGUAAAAUAUUGCAGCGUGAUAUACAUAAUAGAGGUAGCUAAUUUUCGUGUUGUACAUUUUAAAGCAUAGUUAUAUAUGCUCAUUUGUGCCAACAAAUUAAUAGCUUUAGUAUUUCACUCUUUUUUUCUGCCAGUCAAUCCUUAAAAGUAUUAUGGUUUUCCUUGUGUUGUCCUAGAAGUGCUUUAACAUGUUACACUGUUUUUGAAGAGUUAUCAAAAUAUAAAUUACUAUUCUUAUUGUCCCUUCAGAAUACUUUUAUUUUGUUCUCUCAUUUCCUUUCUUGAUAUUAGUACAAAUUUUAAAGUAUUUCUCUUUAUAAAGCUCAAUGGCUUUAUUUUAAUUUGGCAGCUAUAUGAUUUUUUUCAGCCUUAAUUUUUUAAUUAAAUAAAUUUUUAUCUGUGUGACCAUUCCUGACCCAUAAUUAAAACAGAAAAAAAAUUCAAUGCUGUGAUUGCAUUAAUUUUGAAUUUUAGUUUGUUACUGUUUAAUAAUCGUCCAUCUAAGAGCGUGCAUGGAUAAAUUGAAAUUCGUGUAUUCAGCAGACCACACUAAAGUUGUCUAUAUAACAUAGAUGUAUUAUUGCUUAUUGUUAUGCUUGCAUUAUUACUCAAUUACAUUUAUGUCAGAAACAUGUCUCCUUAUAAAUCCAAAUAAUAUGGUGGACUGGAAAUGCUCAUCAUGUUUUAUGUUCUAUUUUUCAUCCAAAUUGUAGUUACUGAAAAAAGUAAAAUUGCAGGUCUUUUUAAAACCAUCAAAAAGGUGUGAGUUGCACGUUACCUUGAAACUAACCAAACUACCAGGUCUAAUUUAUUCUAGGACAGCAAACUCGUAUGUCACUUGACAGUCUUAACCAAUAAAAUUUAAAAAUUUGCUAAGUAGAUUUUCAAAAGCCUCAAUUAAUAAUAAAAUAAGCUUUUGUAAGUAUUGAAAAUGUAGUAGUCAGUGAAUGUAUUAAGAUCGGUUACUUUUAGGUUUUCAUAAAACAAAAUUAGUGUUUACAGUGUAAAAAUGGACUGUGUACGAGGAUGGAUUUCUCUGUCAUUCACACUACUAUCGCAAGAAGCUUAACAUCUUUUAUCUACCAAAUCUUGGACUGAAUUCUCUCAUUCCAAAAUACUGUUGGUUCUGUAAUACUCAACUUGCAAGCUUUUGAAUCUUAGUUCCGUCAAAGUUGUAAUUGCAUGUAUUUAAUUUUUUAACUGUUGUCUUCUUUACUCCCACAUUUUGUAUGGCAGGUUUUUUAUUGACACUACCUCCUUUAUUUAUCAAUUAAACCAUCUAUGUUUAAUAAAUUUACGCAAAAAGGUUGUGAUAACUAAUUGUAUACCAGUAAUAUCCUUAAUAUAUGUCAAAUUUAUACAACUAUAGCUAAAAUAAGAAGUUUGAUUUAAAAUAUUUUUUCAUGUUAUUUGUUAGCGUUGAUGUAGUUGUUCCCAAUUUUGUUAGUCAGAGUCGUUCUAUUGUUUUGUUGUCAAUUAAAAACUCGAUACUGUAUGUAUAUGGUGCCAAACUGUAAGCUUAAGUACCGUAUAUAGGAAGGCAUGGAUGUAGAGAUUGGUGUAUAUUACCUUGUUAUUAAAGCUUCCACAGAGCUCUCUGUUUGUGCUGAAUGAAAUGUUUGUACAAGAGAAAUAUAGUAUUUUACUGCCUUUAA